GCCAGCUGCUUGACAACAUGAAGUACCACCAAUUUCAAAAGUCCAUGAAAACUGUUACAUACAGCACAGAUAUAAAACAGAAAUAAAACAGAAAUAGGCACGACUCAUGUGCACAUACAAAGAUCUCCAGUCUCAGGGGGCGGUAAAUACUCAGAUAUACACAAAAACACGAGACAGAAGGAGAGCACAAAACCAAGAUGGCGACUACACGGCCGGAACUGCCAGUGUUCUUUGACUUGAGGCCUCAGCUAUCUUCUGUGCUUCUCCAAAUCCUGCUGUACUUCUCUGCAUUUUACAGCCUCUUCUACUUCCUUUCCAGUCUCUGUAUAAUCAUCUACAAAAGUCAGGUAUUGAGUUACCCCGACAAUUAUUUGGUCCUGGAUUUGUGCUUGCUCUUUUUGAUGGCUGCGUUCGAGAUCUUAAGAAUCUACUGGGGAAUGAGAAGCAACCUCCAGGAGAGUGAGAGAUAUGUAGGUGCAAGUCUAUUCAUCACAGGAGCCACACUUCUGCUCUCAGUGUACUUCCUGUUGUGGCAGUCAUAUGUGAUGAGAGCCGAUGUCAUCGUUAACGCCAUUCUGCUCUGCAUUUAUGGCCUCUCUGGAGUAGCCAGCUUUGGGGCCCUUGCACGGUUCACCAGGUUCGGCUUUAGGGGAUUUGACAGAAUGACACGUGGUCUGUCUUGAUAUACAUCCAAGUCUACACUUCACUUGACAUAUGGACAUGUUCUAUAAUGGACCAAUGCAGGCCUCUGUCUCAGCAAAAACACUGGUUUAAACUGUUGAACUGAUAAAAUGCAUUACAUAGGAACCAAAUAAGUGAAAUUGACCUAUGCAAAAAUCUUUUACAUUUUAUUUUCUUUUAUACAUUUUUACAAAUAUGGAUGGAGGGCAGGAAAUAAAUAUGAAAUCAGACCACAUUAAGAUGUGAUUAGAGCAAUACAAUAUCUAAA